CUGCGCACAGACCCAUUCCGCCCAUGGUGAAUAUCCGCUCGGCUGUAAGUAGAUUAUCGCUCGUUGCGCUGGCCCACACGAUGAGCACUACAUUUGGGACUUCGUCGGAACCACCAGGGCUGUGUAGGACUACAGGGAGACUUCUGCGACUCUCCGGCGUCCCCGGCUACGAACAGCACCGCAGAAAUGACAUUUUGCUGCUGAGCCCUGCUGCGGAAACACCGGGACGGUGCGACAACCACACCGAAGGCCUGCAGAGUGCAAAUGCACACGUUGUAUUCUUUCCCGGCGACAUCCAGAACUUCCAGCAGGAAAUGGCAGUGCAGGCCGAGGCAGUCCCGUGGCUGUCCUGGAGCCUGGAGCAUGUGGCCUUCAUCAUGGGAAACCGCUUCCCUGGGCGUCAUAUCUGGGUGAUCCGUGCAUCUCACAUGUAUUUGCACAAGUUCAGCUGCUACCAGAACUUUGUGGAGAGCAACUUGUUUGGAGCUCCAGAACACUCUUCAGACUAUGGGGCCAUCCGCCAACUGAGGGGCCUCGUGGGUCAUGGCAUGGAGCAAGCAGGCCUCCCUAAUCCCCUGCCUCCCCUAGGGGGCGCUGCUGUCCCUCUGCCCCUCCCUCAAGACUUCUCCCUGAGCUUGGUGGGCUUCAGCAAGGGAUGUGUAGUGCUCAACCAGAUGGUGUACGAGCUAGCUGGGGCCCGUGCAGACUCGGAGCUCCGGCCGUUCCUGGACAGAAUCUCGGACGUGUACUGGCUGGACGGAGGGCACCCCGGAGGCAGCGAGACAUGGGUGACAGAUAAGCGUGCUCUGAGUGAGCUGGCGACCAGCGGUGUGGCCCUGCACGCCCAUGUCACGCCCUAUGAGGUGCAGGACCCAAUGAGGGCCUGGGUGGGGCGGGAGCACAGGAGCUUCAUAAAGACACUGGAGGAGCUUGGGGCCUGUGUGACCCACAGGCUGCACUUUGAGGAUGAACCUGCCUCCAUUGAGAAUCACUUCCGGGUCAUUAAAGAGUUCUGACUAUUGUGCAGGGUUGCUUUUUCAAACCUUUAUGUGGAAUACUUUUCAUUGCUAAGCACAAAUAUAGUUACAGCUUCUGCUCUACACUGGCUGCUUCUCAAGUAAAGACUGUUAAAAUGUAAGGUUAAAUAUGUUUAGACCAAACCUCUGGAUAGAGAGUAUACUUGGUUUGCAUAUUUAAAAUCCAAAAGACUGUGUUAAGUAAGAAAUCAUUUUUGCACUGCUUAAAUUACCUCUUCCUGUGUGUUCUAAGGGCUAUCAUUUUUCCGCAAAUGUGUGAGACACGCACAAGCAUACAGCACUAAAUCUGCUAAAAAUCUCAGCUGAAACUCGAAUGCAUGUGUUUAAUUUUAGCUUCAUUUCUGCUAUCUUUAUACACAGGUCCUUUAUCUUUGAGCAAUGACAUAACUGAAUGUAAAAUUAAUUAUUCUUUCCCUGAGGUCUGAUCCCUCGCUAAACGUUUUUAGAAAAUGUUCUUUGUUUGGUUCUGGGUAAUGUUUUGUUUAAGCUGCAUAGACUGCCAUUUAGUUUCAUUGCUGUUUUGCAUGCAGUUUUGUUCUGCUGUCAAGUUGAUAGUGUAACUUGAAAAUGAAAGGUUUACAUUCUAAAAUCAUUAAGUAAAUUUAAUACGUAACCAGUGCAUCAUUAAACAUGAGAAAAUGGCUGAAGGAAAGAUUUAUGGUCUUAUGUUUUAGUAGUCCCCACUGAGUGAGAGACUUUGUUUAAGCAGUGACAUGAAAUGCAUAGUAAACUCUCUGACAGUACAUGUAUGAACUCUAAAUUAUAUGUAACUAUAAAGUCUGUAAUUAUAUAGCUACAAUUAUUCUAUUUUUUUCAAGGAGGACAAAUAACUUUGCUAGGCAGUUUAUGCACUAAUUUAAAGGAAUAUGAGUUUGUCCACGUUUUUUCAUAAUUCAUAGUGGGAGUGGGGGGGGUGGAUGGUUCCUGCAUGAGAACAUGGACUGAAAGGUUUUUUUUUUUGUUUUUCAUAUCAUUCCUUUUAUUUAUAAAAUGGUAUUUCCCGUAUUUAAAAGUGUACUGGUUAUCUUAUGCUCUGUUUACGUAAUAAUAAAGUAACAUCUAUUUAAAUGAUUAA